AUGGGUAACUGCUGCACGAAUAAUCCAGGUAGUGAACAAGGUAAUUUGUAACUCAAGAAACCUGAAGAUACACCAAACAUCUAAUAGGAUGAAGCAGAUGGAGAAAAUACAACAUUUACUAAAAACAAUCAAAAUAAUGUUUACUCUGCAAAAAAAGAUGGUAUUGAAUCUAGCAGAAAGACUGAUGUAGGUUCAAAUACAAAAAAUAAUCUAGAAUUUAAAAGUGUAGAUAAUCCAGAUACCCUCCAAAGCAGUGUUGCUUGCCACUAUCCUUCAUAAUCAGUAGCAAAACCUAUUGAUUAAGAACCUGAUUAAAUUAGUGAAAAGGCUAAAAAGACUUAAUAAAUUCUUGGAGAUUACUAAUAUAUUAAGUCAUAAGGAAUUGAAGAAGGGGCUAUAAAAUUAGGUCCAUACCAGUUUGAAAAUGGAUCUGUUUAUACAGGUUAUUGGAAAGUAGGGUUAAGACAUGGGAAAGGCAGGCAAGUUUGGAGCGAUGGAAGUAUUUAUGAAGGUUAUUGGUAAAAUAAUACUGCUAAUGGAUAAGGUAGAUUGAUUCAUGCAGAUGGAGAUGUAUAUGAAGGCUCAUGGAAAAAUGACAAAGCUCACGGCAAAGGAAAAUAUAUACAUUUGGAUGGAGCCAAAUAUGAAGGAGAUUGGUAUGAAGAUAAGCAGCAUGGAUUUGGUGUUGAAAUAUGGCCAGAUAAUGCAAAAUAUGAGGGACAAUAUGACAUGGGUAAAAAGCAUGGAAAAGGUACAUUUUUAUGGCAUGAUGGAAGUAAAUAUGAAGGAGAGUUCGUAAACAAUAAUAUAGAAGGUUUGGGCACAUAUACAUGGAGUGACCAAAGGAAAUAUGUAGGCGAAUGGAAGAACAAUAAAAUGGAUGGAAAGGGUGUAUUUACUUGGAGUGAUGGAAGAAAGUAUGAAGGUUACUAUUUUGAAGAUAAAAAGCAAGGCUAUGGUGAAUUCGAAUGGCCUGAUGGUAGAAAGUAUAAAGGAGAGUGGAAAGAUGGUAAAUAGCAUGGUAGAGGUAUAUAUCUUAACUCAAAAGGGAUAGAAAGAAAAGGCAUUUGGGUGGAAGGAAAGAGAGAAAAAUGGGUUGAUGAUAAUGAAGCUGUUUUUUGA